AAAAAAAAAAAAAAAAAAAAAAAAAAAACCACUUGUCUUUGUCAGCAUGGCCGAUUCACUCAGCCAACAGCGUUCUCUUGAUACCGUUGCAUCACCGAUCACGUCAAUGCGCUCAAUAGAAUCUUCUUCAUCCACUCCAACUAUCACAGCUCCACUCACCAGUACCAGCACAGAUAUUGAAAAUGAAGACUCCAGUUUGAUUCAACCCUCUCCAGUACAGCGCAUGAUCUCAGCCUGUGCUGGAUCCCUACUGACUUCACUUCUCGUUACACCAUUGGAUGUUGUCAAAACAAGGCUUCAAUCUCAAACAGUUGUGGCUACGCCCACAUGUGCAGUGCCAUUUACCUUUUCAAGUAACGCGUCUGCAUAUGAAAAGCUCUGUACAUGUUGUCGAGAAGUCUUUUUUGCACCGGAAUCACCUCAAUCAUCAUCAACAACUGUUCGAUCGGUCGCAGCCUCUGCGACUGCAGGAAUUAGACAAAAUAUCGCCAAUGUGCUUGCAGCAGGAGGGAUUGCCAACGCUAUUCGAUCUUCUUCACAACAGCAACCAACUGACUCUUCACUUUCAUCAUCAACAUCAUCAUCGGCAACAGCAAGGUCUUCAUCUUCAUAUCAUCCACAUACCCAUAAUCACAGCCGUACUCGGGGCACAACCGCCGGUUGCGGGCCGAGUAUUCAACAGCAGCAUCAAGCGGGCACGGUCGUGGGAAUGAAAGCGACGAAACAACAGCAACAGCGAUUGGAACAGCUUGCUGCUAAUUGUAUAGAGAAUAACCAUGCCACAAAGGCUGCUCAAGAGCGAUACUUUCAUGGAACCUGGGAUGGUGUCAAGAAGAUUGUUCGGCAUGAAGGUGCAUCGUCCUUAUGGAGGGGGCUUUCACCCACAUUGAUCAUGUCCAUUCCAGCGACUGUGAUCUAUUUCGUGGGCUAUGAUUAUCUGAAAGAUGUACUAUCAGAAAGGGCAAUGAAGGUGGAAAGGGAUGAUCUCUUCCUAGGAGGUUCAUUCAUUUAUGAAUACCGGACUACAUUAGCUCCUUUAGUCGCAGGAGGAUUUGCACGAACCGUGGCAGCGACAGUAAUCUCUCCUUUGGAGUUAUUCAGGACUCGGAUGCAAAGUGUUCAUACAAACAAUAAAGGCAAUUCAGGAUUAUUCCGAGGAGUCUCACAAAGCAUUGUGUCGAUGGUCCGAGCUGAAGGUGUAUUUUCUCUGUGGCGAGGAUUGGCUCCGACUCUUUGGCGUGAUGUACCCUUUAGUGCAAUCUACUGGAUGGGUUAUGAAAAUAUCAAGAAGCGAAUCGUAGCCUGGGAUAGUACUCAUCCACAGCCAGCUCUUAACGAGUUUGAAGUUGCUUUUACCAGUGGUGCAAUCUCUGGCAUGGUUGCAGCUACGCUCACGACCCCAUUUGAUGUGGCUAAAACCCGUCGCCAAGUCGAUAUUUCUCAACCUGUGCACACAAAGACACUCUCGCUCAUGAAGGCCAUCCUUCGAGAGGAAGGAUUUAAUGGUCUAUGGAGAGGUCUAACCGCCAGAGUUGCCAAGGUUGCACCGAGUUGUGCUAUUAUGAUCUCAAGUUACGAAAUUGGAAAGAAAGCACUGUCGGAACACUGGUGGGGCCUUGGUGCUUCUUCAUCAUCAUCAUCACCACCAUCAUUGAUAACAGGAUCUUCUAGUACAGGUGCAGCUAGUGGAUCCGAUGACCGACUAGUCUUAAUGCGCGAGGGUCUUUCACAUCCUAUCUCAUUAGGCCUUUCAGGAACACGAGCACGAGCCACUUCCUCUGCUUGAUAUUAUUAAUUAGAGUAGCAUCUUUAUAAAGAAAAAAUAUGAUUGCUUUGUUCAUGCUUUUACUUAUUGAGCC